UUGUCUCUGUACAAAUUCCGUCUCCUCCUCUCUCUCUCUCUCUCUUUCAAUUUCUCCCAUCUUGAGAUCUCUCUUUCUCGGCCUUCCACCUUCGCUUUACCCUGCCUCUCCUCUUCUUAUUGUGGCCCCUCCCCUUUAUGUCUUCUCUCCCUUGCUCUCUCCAAGCAAUCGGGUUCUCUUAUUUGCUUCUUCUGUGAGCCUGAACGAUGUCAAGAGAACAAUUAGCGUAGACUGAAGAGAGAUUGGAGGAGCAAAGGAUCGUGUGUUGUGUUUUAUUCCUUUUUGUAUUUCUUAACCAAAAAUUUGAAAAGAAAGAAAUGGAAGUUUAUUUAGAGUCUAUAUUUCUUUUGGUGAUCUACUGAAACGCUCUUUUUCCCAUUAGUAUAUACGGAGAGCGGUCUGUCUGGUGGCGUUUCCUUUAGCGGUUUCACUGUUAUAAUUACUACUUUGUUAUUUUGUACUCUUUCUGAGAAAGUAGACUCGAUCUCCUUUGUGUUAUUGUAGUUUUUUUGCUGUGAAACCUUUCUUCUCCUAUAUUUUCUGAAACACGAGCUUGGUUCUGCAAUCUGAAGCCUCCAUCUAAGGAAAAUAUUUGGUACCUUGUAUAACUCAUUGGAAAAUUGGUUGUUUUCCUUGUUCCUGUUUCGACCAUUUCUUCUUGUUGAAACUCACUGCUGCUCGUAUGGGCCUCUUUGUUCCUGAGGUUUCUUUUUCAUAAGAAGAAAAAGGUCGCAUUAGCCUCUGCAAUUCGAGCUCUUUUAGUGGGUAGCCAUGGAGCUCGCUUUCCUUUUUAACCAUAUAAAUUUUCUGCUGCUCCUUGCUGUACUCUGUGCUCCAUGUAAGUUCAUUCAGGGGCCCAUGGAUUUUGGCUCCUCAAGUUUGCAGCAGGCCACCCCAACUUCCUCUCUUGAUUAUGGAAGGAUCUACUUCAACUCCCCUGCUGCAGUCCUGCGACCAAAAUCACCCGAAGCGAUCUCCACGCUAUUGAAGUUCUUGUAUGGAUCCUCCUUCAACGACGUGGCUGUGGCUGCUAGAGGGGCAGGCCACUCCAUUCAUGGUCAGGCUCAAGCCCUCAACGGCAUUGUGAUUGAGAUGGACUCUCUGCCCAGCUCCAUUGAGAUACGCAGAAGCAAUGGAGACGACGGAAUCUCCUAUGCAGAUGUUAGUGGGGGCACCUUAUGGAUUGAUCUCUUGAAGGAGUGCCUCAAGGUGGAUCUGGCGCCAAAAUCCUGGACUGAUUAUCUCUACCUCACCAUUGGUGGUACCUUGUCAAAUGGUGGCAUUAGUGGCCAGACCUUCAAAAAUGGGCCUCAAGUCAUGAAUGUUCUUGAGUUGGAUGUGGUCACAGGCAAAGGAGAACUCUUAACCUGCUCUACCAGCCAAAACUCAGAUCUCUUCUUUUCUGUUUUGGGUGGUCUGGGCCAGUUUGGUAUCAUCACAAGAGCUAGAAUAAUGCUGGAAGAGGCUCCUCAUAAGGUGAAAUGGGUGAGGGUAUUUUAUGAUGAUUUUGAGAAGUUUACUAGAGAUCAGGAGCUGUUGGUGACUUCAAUGGAAGCUAUGGUGGAUUACGUAGAAGGCUUCAUUGUGUUGAAUGAUCACUCUCUGUUGAGCUCCUUCGUUUCUUUCCCAUCCAAUUUGGAUUUGCUUCCACACUUCCACGAGGGCAGCUCGGAUAUCCAUUACUGCAUUGAGUUUGCUGUUUAUUGCCACCAGACGACGGCAUCCAAUGCUGAGAAGGCAAUAGAAGUAGAAGAAAUACUAAGGCGCUUGAGCCACAUCCCGUCGCUUGUAUACAGUGUGGUGGUCUCCUAUUUCGAUUUCUUGAACCGUGUGAGGAUGGAGGAGGAGAAUCUGAGGGGCAGAGGGCUGUGGGACGUCCCACACCCAUGGCUCAAUAUGUUUGUGCCCCCUUCCUCGAUCACCCGCUUCAAGGACCUUCUGCUGCAGAGCAUUUCUCCCGAGUCGUUUGAAGGUCCUGUGCUCAUCUACCCACUCAGGAUUGACAAGUGGAAUGGAAACAUGUCGGUUGUUGUUCCAGAAACGGACAGGAGUGACAACUUGGUGUACAUCGUGGGGGUCCUGCGCUCUGCGGCGGCAGAUUGUGUCACAGGAACGCCGUGCCUGGGCGGGAUAGUGCAGCAGAACCAGAGGGUGGUGGAGGCCGCCACGGCAGAACUCUCAGCCAAGCAGUACCUGCCUUCCUUCUCCAGCGAUCGGCAGUGGAGGAACCAUUUCGGGGAGGGACGGUGGCAGAGGUUCGCGGCAAUGAAGGCCCGCUUCGAUCCCCUGCACAUGCUGGCCCCUGGCCAGAGGAUCUUCGACCGGAUACAACAGCCAUCGUCGGCUUCUGCUGGAGCCUGUGAUGGUAAAUGAUGACAGCUGCAUAGAUCAGACUGAAAAGAAUAUGAUGGUGGUGGUAAACACAUCUGGGGAGGAGAUUUGAGAGGAAAUUAGGUAGGGAAGAGGAGAGCUGGGAAAUCCUCGUACUUGUUCUUGGAAUUUUUUGAGGGGUUUUGGGGCGUCAUCUUUUUUUAUCUUUAUUUUUGUUUAUUUUUUUCAUUUCUUUUCCUUGUAUCGAUUGUUGGGUCCAAGGGAUCCUGCAGAGAAGCUGUCUUCUUUCCUUUUUUCCC